AUGACUGUGCUGAGGCGGCUGCUUCGCCAGCAGCAGCGAAGACAGCUGCAUUUCGGCAAGGCCGCUCUUGCUGUUCCAGAAACGCCUGCGGUCUUUGCCUUUCAGACCACCACAAAAUUCCCGACGCAGCUCUCAGAUGUAUACGUAUCUAACCGCGAUUUUCCGCCUUAUCUUCUGCCAGCUGUUAUCGCCCCGACGGCGGCGUUGACUCAUCCUUGUCCUCCUUGUCCUAUCGAUAAUUUUGAGAGUUUGCUAGCCCCUCAUCGCUCCAGGAACUACCCCACCACCACCAAUUUACACUCCGCCACCGCUGCUCCUACUACACGAAAUAAUACUCUCGAGAUUUCUGCCGCCGCGAUACCUUCUCUUUCUUCUUUUUCCCACAACAACAACAGCAACAACAUCCGAACGAACCCUACUCCCUCCUGUUUCCGAGCGCGACACCUUUCUUCUAUCCUCCAGCGUAACCCCCGACUCUUCUCUACACGAAACUACUCGACUCUGCCGACCAUGGCGGAUAAGUGGACUGGCCAAAAGGUCCGCCAGACUUUCCACAAUUUCUUUGCGGAGCGGGGCCAUACUAUCGUCCCGUCCUCCUCCGUCGUCCCUCACAAUGACCCCACCCUUCUCUUCACCAAUGCCGGCAUGAACCAAUUCAAGCCCAUAUUCCUCGGAACCGUUGGAAAGACGGAUGAUAUGGCGAACCUGAAGCGUGCUGCCGAUACCCAAAAGUGCAUCCGUGCUGGAGGCAAACAUAACGAUCUUGACGAUGUCGGCAAGGACAGCUAUCACCAUACAUUCUUCGAAAUGUUGGGAAACUGGUCCUUUGGAGAUUAUUUCAAAAAGGAGGCCAUCGAGAUGGCUUGGGAGCUUCUGACCAAGGUGUACGGGCUGGAUCCUGCGCGCCUCUACGUCACCUACUUCGAGGGCAGCGAGGCCCUGGGGCUUGAGCCUGAUGUGGAGGCCAAGGAGCUGUGGAGAUCUGUCGGCGUCCCCGAAGACCACAUCCUUCCCGGAAAUGUGAAGGACAACUUUUGGGAGAUGGGCGACCAAGGCCCUUGCGGUCCCUGCAGUGAGAUCCACUACGACAAGGUUGGCGGUGGUCGCAAUGCAUCGCACCUCGUCAACCAGGACGACCCUCUCGUGGUCGAGGUCUGGAACAUCGUCUUCAUCCAGUUCGAUCGCCAACAGGACAAGAGCUUGAAGACCCUUCCCGCCAAGCAUAUCGACACCGGCAUGGGUUUCGAACGUCUCGUUUCGGCCCUCCAAGACACCACCUCCAACUACGCCACCGACGUGUUCACUCCUCUCUUCAAGCAAAUACAAGAAGUCACUGGUGCCCGGCCGUACAGCGACAAGUAUGGAAAGGAUGAUGCCGACGGCAUCGAUACCGCCUACCGUGUUGUUGCCGACCACAUCCGACUCUUGACCUUCUCCAUCGCCGACGGUGCUGUCCCCAAUAACGACGGCCGCGGUUACGUCGUCCGCCGAGUCCUCCGUCGUGGUGCCCGCUAUGCCAGGAAGUACUUCAAUACCGAGAUUGGUGCCUUCUUCUCCAAGAUCCUUCCGGCCUUGGUGCAGCAGAUGGGUGAGGAGUUCCCCGAGAUUGUCAAGAAGCAACAGGAUAUUCAGGAGAUCCUUGAUGAGGAGGAAGUCGCCUUCGCCCGUGCCCUGGACCGUGGUGAGGUCCAAUUCGAGAGGUACGCCAAAGAUGCGCUCGCUAGGGAGGACAAGAAGCUCGACGGUGCUCUUGUCUGGCUUCUCUACGAGACCUUCGGUUUCCCCGUCGAUCUUACCAAGUUGAUGGCUGAGGAGAAGGGACUUAAAAUUGAUGAUUCCGAGGUCGAGGUUGCGCGCGAGAAGGCCAGGGAAGCUAGCAAGGUCGUCAAGGAUGCGGUCCAGACUUUCAGCAAGCUCAACGUCCACCAGAUUGCCGAGUUGGAGCAGCAAUUCGCCAUCGAGCGGACCGACGACGACGCCAAGUACCGCAAGGAGGAGAUUGCCGGCAAGGUUCAGAUUAUCUUCGACGGCAAGGCUUUCGUCAAGUCCACUAAAGACCUCCCCCCCAACACGCCUAUCGGCGUUCUUCUCGACAAGACCAAUUUCUACGCCGAAUCUGGUGGUCAGGUUGCCGACACCGGCAGGUUAGUCAUUGAUGGCUCCACCGAAUUCAAGGUUCUCGAUGUCCAGGCAUUCGGCGGGUACAUCGUACACAACGGCUACCUCGAGUACGGCCAGCUCUCCGCCGGAGAUGAGGUCGUUUGCGAUUACGAUGAGCUCCGGAGAUCGCCCAUCAGGAAUAACCAUACUAGCACCCAUAUCCUUAACCACUCUCUAAGGGAGGUCCUUGGAGACGAUGUGCACCAGAAGGGUUCCCUCGUCGACGCAGACAAGCUCCGCUUCGACUUCUCGCACAAGACCGCCGUUACCCUUCCAGAGCUCAAGAAGAUUGAGGAUCUCUCGAACGAAUGGGUCAAGAAGAAUGUCAAGAUCUACGCCAAGGACCUCGACCUCGACGUCGCCAGGUCCAUCGAAGGAUGCCGUGCCGUGUUCGGCGAGACCUACCCCAACCCCGUCCGCCUCGUCUCGGUCGGCAUGGACAUCGACAAGAUGGUCGCCGACCCCAAGAACCCCGAGUGGCACAAGUACAGCAUCGAGCUGUGCGGUGGCACCCACGUCGACCAGACUGGCAUCAUCAAGGACUUCAUCCUCGUCGAGGAGUCUGGCAUCGCCAAGGGCAUCCGCCGCAUCAUCGCCUACACCGGCGACGCCGCCCACGAGUGCCAGCGCAUCGCCGACGACUUCUCCAAGCGUCUCGACGCCCUCGAGAAGCUCCCCAACGGACCCGAGAAGGAGCAGGCUGUCAAGACCACCGGCGUCGACCUCUCCCAGCUCACAAUCUCCACGCUGACCAAGGAUGCGUUGAAGAAGCGGUUCGAGAAGAUUUCGCAGGCUGUUCUCGCUGAGCAGAAGAAGCGCCAGAAGGCUGAGUCGAAGACCGCCAUGGAUGCCGUUCUCGAGCAUUUCAAGAAGGAUGAGGAGGCGAAGUGGUUCGUUGGACGGUUGCCCAUUUCGGCUAAUGCCAAGGCUAUCUCCGAAGUUGUCAACUAUUACAAGUCUAAGGAUAAGGAGAAGUCGGUGUAUCUCUUUGGUGGCAGCAAGGAGGAAGGCGCUGUCUGUCAUGCCGUCUACGUUGGAACUCAUCUCGCCUCUAAUGGUGUUACCGCCGAGGCCUGGGCUACCAGCGUGACGGAGGUCAUUGGCGGUCGUGCCGGCGGCAAGGAGCCCACGAGGCAAGGACAGGGUGCCAAGCCCGAGCUUAUUGAUGACGCCGUCUCCGUCGCUGCGAAGUGGCUCGAGGAGAAGCUCAAGUUGUAA